ACAACACUCAAGAACAUCCCAAAGCAUUACAACCAAAUCCAAAAUAAAUCGCCAAAAUGUCCCCCCUCCAAGUCGGCACCCUAGUCUUCGACUACCAGGCCAUCGACAUCAUCGGCCCCUGCGACGUGCUCAACUCGUCCUCCAAGUACCUGCUCAACGGAAUCAGCAUCUACACGCCCGUAGACCCCAACACCAUCGCCAAAGCCCCCGAGAUCAUCUUCCACCACAUCGGCGAGACCCUCGACCCCGUCAAGCUCCUUACCAGCACCAUCACCAUCGUGCCCACCAUCACCGCCGACGACGCCCCACCUCUGGAUAUCCUCAUCGUCGGCGGCGAUAGCCCAGAGUACACGCACCUCCCGCCAAAGCUGCAGGACCUCAUCCGGCGCCAUGUCGCGAGCGGGAAACUGCUCUUCACGACCUGCACGGGUUCGGCCGUCGCGGCCGCAACGGGCGUCUUGGACGGCAGGAACGCAACGGUGAAUAACCUCGAGUUCGACUGGGUCGCCAAAGCGUACCCCAAGGUGAAGUGGACAAAGGCGAAAAAGUGGAUUGUCGACGGGAACAUCUGGACGGGCAGCGGGGCGGUUGCGGGGAUGGAUAUGGUUGCGCAUUGGGUCAAGGAGAAUUACGGGCUCGAGGUGCUUAGGGAGGCCUGUAGGAGUUUGGACUACGAGCCGAGGGACCAGGAUGGGCUUUUUACCGUCUUUCCUGCAAGGUUUGAUGCGGAGGGGAAGAAAGUUUCUACUCAUGUUUUCCCCUGA